AAACCCCAAACUUGGACACACUGUUUCUCGAACCCAGAAUUUUAUUAGCUUUCCAUCAAAGAAAAGCACCCACCUCUUCCAAAAUUUAGAAAUUUAGAAGGAAAAAAAAAAUUCAUUUGAUCCAUUUGUGCAAGAAUUAAAAGCAAAGAAGAAGAAUCAGAAGAGGAAAUUGACAGAGAAAAUGAAGCUGAUUUGGUCCCCUGAUACUGCAACGAAGGCCUACAUCGACACCGUCCGAUCCUGCGAGGUUUUUCAAGAAUCCGGCGUGGCGGAGCUUGUUUCGGCCAUGGCGGCCGGCUGGAACGCGGAGUUCAUCGUCGAGACGUGGUCUUCGGGAGGGGUGAUCGCCACCAGCAUUGGGCUUGAAAUCGCCAGCCGCCACACGCGCGGGAGGCACGUGUGCGUGGUGCCAGACGAGCAGUCGAGGGAAGAAUACGCCGCGGCGACGAAGGAGGCAGGGAUGGAGGUGGAGGUGCUUGUGGGGGAGCCGGAGGAGGUGAUGGCUGGGCUCGUGGGGGUGGAUUUUUUGGUAGUGGAUUCGAAGCGGAAGGACUUCGCAAGGGUUUUAAGGCAGGCGCGGCUCAGCCAUCGGGGGGCGGUGCUUGUGUGCAAAAACGCUAGUUCGAGAAAUGCUUCGAGCUUCCGGUGGCGGAGCGUGGUGGAUUGUGGGUCGCGGCGCGUGGUCCGGUCGGUUUUUUUGCCGGUCGGGAAGGGUCUGGAUAUGGCGCACGUGUCCAGCUGUGGAGGGAAUUUGGAGUCGGGAAAAGGAGAAAAUAAAUGGGUUAAACAUUUUGAUCAACGAUCCGGGGAAGAACAUGUUAUCAGAAAGUAAUUUUCCUCAGGAAAUAGUAAUUUUUUUGUAACUUUAUUCCAUAAUUUUUUUUUUUUUGAUCUGUAAAUGUACGUAGUUUUGUCUCUGUGAACCCAAUUGUGUACAAAGUUUGUCUCUUGGACCCAAUCAUCUUUUACGAAAAUUCUAUAGUGUUCCAGAAUAUAUUAAUUUCCGACAUUCAGUUCAA